UCUUUUUUUUUUUUAAAUUAUCUCAUGCUUCCUAUUGUAUACGCAACUUCCUACCUCAAUUAUCCAUAACUCAAUCUUUAAUAACUUUAUCCAAUUCCAACUUAAUACUAUAAUAUGAUUCCAACAAAAGUUAUGUGUGAUUAAGCCUGUCAAUUCCCCGAGAUUGCUUUAAAUGAAGAAGUUUCGGAAAAUACUGAUUCAAAUCGCUUAAUUUAUUCUAAAGAAAACUUAGUAUUACAAGAACUUAAUCUACUUUUAAGAUAUUUGUCAAAGAAUAUUUCCUUACUUAAAGAGAAGACUUUUGAAAAUUUCGCAAAUGAGAAUUUGAAAGUAUAUCUUAUAAUCAUCACAAUUAGAAUCUAAUAUCUUUAAAUUGUGACAUACCAAAUAUUUUAAAGAAGAGAUAUAUCUAAGUUAAUAAAACAAAAGAAGAAAUGACAAAAUUCAUUAUUAGAAAAUGUUUCCAAUUCAUUAAAACCGAAAUCAAUUAUUAAGAUAAAGAUAAUCUUGGAGCUGAAGAAAGAGACAGACUUUUUUAUCAUACAUUCUUUUCUAGUGAUUAAGAAUUUAUAAAAACUCUUGAGAAUAACUCUAUUGAUGACCUCAUUCCUUUUAGGAAAGAAUCAAAGCUUAAAACUAUAAAUGACACUUACUUAAAAUAACUGUUCAGAUCACAAAAAUUUUGCUGUUACUAUUAGAAAUUUUUAAGUAAAAUCAUUCAUUACAUAUUAUAGAUGAGUUUUCAAAUAUUUUUCAACUUGAAAAUGAAGAGAAAAUUUAAAAAAUGGCAAAGUAAAUUUUAAAAAUCAUCUUUACAAGAGAUUAUGAUGUAGAAUAUUUAUCAUUUAUUUUUAGAAAAUCAAAAUUUAUAGAAGAUUUCCUUGGAAAGAUCAUGAAUUUCGUAAGUGUGAAAAUAGAGCAUAAGAAAUCUAUUGGAAAUAUCAUUCUUAAAAAUUCAGUAUCUAAAUUUAAUUAUAAAUUUAGAAAAUGAAAAGAAACUUUUGAAAAAGGAAUCAAUUAAGUUAGAACAUAAUGAACUAUCUGAAUCUAUAUCAUGAACAUUAUAAAAAUAUAGAA